CGGCGCUUAAGCCACUGCGCUGCGCCGUUGGUCGAGAGCAAGUCUCUUUGUUUCCUUUUGAUGCGUGCCAUCUUCUGCAACAUAUACCCGAUCUACAUAUCCCUGGAGGCUCAGUGCGGUGGCCCUUGACGAUCGAAGUCUUUGUCUACAUGCAUGGUUGCGCGGCGCCUGGUCCCGGCAUAGGUUUGCUUUUUCGCUCAUCGCAAUAUCUUUUGUUUUCUUUUUUGUCUUGUGAUGUAUAUCAUACGUAUCGGGCGGGCAGCGAUGUCUUGGCAUUACUCGGUGUUGAUCAUCUAUCUCACUUUCCUUUUUUGUCUAUUUUUUAUUUUUAUUUUUUAUUUUUUUUUAUUUUUUUCGACGCGAGCACAUAUUUGGUCUGGGGCGCGGGAAGCCGAGGGGCAAAAGAGGGCGCGGUGCUGGACCGUUGACCGCUUCGCCCAUCGCACCCCGCUCGGGCCGCAAUCACCACCGGCACAACAACGCCCACCUCAGGGCUUUUUCUCGGGCGAGCACAAAACGCACGUCCAACGCACCUG